GUCUUGCUCUCCCGGCUUUUGCAGGGAAAGGAGUGGGGCGAACAUGGCUGAAAGCAGCAGGGGCGGCCCAACGUGCCGCGGGGUGGACCCCCGGCAGGACACGGUCUCCAGCAGUGAGAACUGCAACUUUCCAGAGUACGAGCUUCCAGAGCUGAACACGCGCGCUUUCCACGUGGGCGCUUUCGGGCAGCUGUGGCGUGGCCGGUUGCGCGGGGAAAGGGAUUUGUCGCUGAAGGAGCCACAGGCAUCUGCGUUGCCUGGGAGCCAAGGGGUCACCGACUGGGGCCAGGAGGAUGCUGCGGUGGCCGGGGAUCUGGGCUGCAGCCUGGAGGCCGCAGCCGAGCUGCGGACUGUGUGCGGCCUUGAUAAAUUGAAGUGCCUUGAGGAGGGUGAGGAUCCCGAAGUCAUCCCCGAGAAUACUGACCUAGUGACUUUAGGGAUUAGAAAAAAGCUUCUGGAACAGCGGGAAGAAACUAUAACAAUAGACCGGGUUUGCAGACAAGAAACGUUUGCUUAUGAGAUGGAGUCACAUGCCAUAGGAAAAAAGCCUGAAAAUCCAGCAGACAUGAUUGAAGAAGGGGAGCUUAUCCUAUCUGUGAAUAUCUUAUAUCCUGUUAUAUUUCAUAAGGACCUGUACAAAUCAGCCUUCUUUUAUUUCGAAGGGACAUUUUACAAUGAUAAAAGAUACCCGGAGUGCAGAGAUUUAAGCAGAACUAUCAUUGAAUGGUCAGAGUCCCAUGACAGAGGCUAUGGAAAAUUUCAGACUGCCAAAAUGGAAGAUUUCACCUUCAAUGACCUUUUUAUUAAACUGGGUUUUCCUUACUUAUAUUGUCACCAGGGGGACUGUGAACAUGUCAUUGUCAUCACUGACAUAAGGCUCGCACAUUGUGAUGACUGCUUGGACAGGACACUUUAUCCCCUUCUUAUCAAGAAGCAUUGGCUGUGGACUAGAAAAUGUUUUGUUUGUAAAACAUACACAGCCAGAUGGGUAACGAACAAUGACAGUUUUGCACCAGAGGACCCAUGUUUCUUUUGUGAUGUUUGCUUUCGGAUGCUCCACUAUGAUUCAGAAGGCAACAAACUAGGAGAAUUCCUUGCUUAUCCUUACGUUGAUCCUGGAACCUUUAAUUAAUAACAACAAAAAAUGUACCUGUGAAGUAACUGUCCUCUUGGAUGGUUACUUUAUUUCCAGAAGGUGCCACUGAAGAACAGGACCCACCUGAAAUAUUCAGCUAGUUACCCACAUGCCAGCAAAAGUUCACAUCACAGGUUUUUUGUUUUGUUUUGUUUUUUAAAUCAUAGUUUUUCUUAUAAAGUAACUUCUGUUUAGAAAUAUUUUUUUAGUGUUCAUUUCAAAAUAAGGUUUUUAUUUGAUGUGUUUGCCCAUUUUUUAAGUGUGUUUAUUUUACUUAGUUGUAGGACUGCUUUAUAUUUUUUUUGGCCAUUCUGUGAUAUGCCUAUUCAUUCUGUGUCCAGAGUACUUAUUGCUAAUCUGUAGUUAGAAAAAUUCAGUUAAUCAAAUCAUACAUCAAGUGGUGGAGGUGUUUUGAAAAUUCUUUGGAAAGAAAAAAAAAUUCUUUGAAGAAUAUGAGAGUUGUAUCUUGUACCAUGAGGCUUCCAAGGUAAAGAUCCUUUAAAUACCUGUGAUAAAAAUGAGGGGGAAGAAUAAAAGUGUAUUUAACAAA